AUGUCACACCAAAAAGACCUCAAGAAACUAGCAGCUCUAUUGAAAUCCAAAUCCCAACCAAAAGUCAUUUUCAUGCUUGGUGCUGGUGUCUCAACAUCUAGUGGUAUUCCAGAUUUCCGUUCCCCAGAUACAGGUUUAUAUCACAAUUUACAAUCAUUAAACUUACCAUACGCAGAAGCUGUUUUCGAUCUUUCAUUUUUCAAAUCAACCCCAAAGCCUUUCUAUACAUUGGCUCAAGAACUUUAUCCUGGUCAAUAUGUCCCUUCUAAAUUACAUUAUUUUGUUAGAUUAUUACAAGAUAAAGGUUUAUUACAAAGAGUUUAUACACAAAACAUCGAUACUUUAGAAAGGGUUGCUGGUGUGGAAAAUGAUUUCAUUGUUGAGGCACAUGGCUCAUUUGCUGAGAAUCACUGUAUUAAAUGUGGCGAUAAAUAUUCAAAUGAUGAGUUUAAAGCUAAGAUCUUCGCAAAGGAAAUUCCAAAAUGUUUAAAGUGUAAAGGUCUUGUUAAACCUGAUAUUGUGUUUUUCGGUGAAGGUUUACCUGAAAGAUUCUUUACAUGUUGGGAAGAAGAUCUUGAGUUAUUAGAAAGUGCUAAAGAUGAUGAAUAUAUUACUAUAACUGCUGGUACUUCGUUAACAGUAUAUCCAUUUGCAUCAUUACCGAGUGAAGUACCGAAAUCUCAUAAUAGAGUCUUGGUUAAUAAGGAGAAAGUUGGAAGUUUCAAACAAAAUAGAACAAAUGACCUGGUUUUCUUGAAAGAUUGUGAUGGGUUUGCUCAAGACUUAGUUGAUGAACUAGGUUGGACAAGUGAAUUUGAAGAACUUAUUGCUAAAGAGAAUCAAAAAAUUAAAGAUGGUAAACAAGACAAAGAAUCAAAGGAAUCUAAUGAUUCUAGGGAAUCUGCUAAAGAAAAAUCAAAAGAUGUUGCUAAAGAUGUUGCUAAAGAAAUUAAGAAACACGAUAUUGAUGAAGAAAGUUUAGAGAAAUUAAAAGCUGGUAUUGAAGAUUUAAAUAUUGCUAAAUCGAAAGGACCAGAAUCUAAAAGUAUAUAA